UCGAGGGAGGGAGAGGGGGUGGUGUCCCCGGCCGGUUUGUGGGGGUGCGUUGCCCGGAGACAGAAAGUUUGGGAGCCCGUGCGGUCUCUGCGGCGGCCCCGAGAAGGGGACCCAGGGGACGGCGGCCCUGGGGAUGGGGAAGGAGCAGGAACUGCUGGAGGCGGCCCGCACCGGGCACCUCCCGGCCGUGGAGAAGCUGCUGUCCGGGAAGCGGCUCUCCUCAGGCUUCGGGGGCGGCGGCGUCAGCAGCGGUGGCGGCUCCGGUGGCGGCGGCGGCGGCGGCGGCGGCGGCGGCGGCGGCGGCGGCAGCGGCCUUGGCUCCUCCAGCCAUCCCCUCUCCAGUCUGCUCAGCAUCUGGAGAGGGCCAAAUGUGAACUGUGUUGACAGCACUGGGUACACACCUCUGCAUCAUGCUGCUCUGAAUGGUCAUAAGGAUGUGGUUGAGGUUCUUCUGAGGAACGAUGCGCUGACCAACGUGGCUGAUUCUAAAGGCUGUUACCCUCUGCAUUUGGCAGCCUGGAAAGGAGAUGCUCAGAUAGUGCGGUUGCUCAUCCAUCAAGGGCCCUCACACACCAGAGUCAAUGAACAGAAUGCUCUUGAGAUCAAAGAACUCAAAAAGUACGGCCCCUUUGACCCUUAUAUCAAUGCCAAGAACAAUGACAACGAGACGGCCCUCCAUUGUGCAGCGCAGUAUGGUCACAUGGAGGUGGUGAAGGUCCUCUUAGAGGAGCUAACAGACCCCACUAUGCGCAACAACAAAUUUGAGACACCUCUGGACCUGGCUGCAUUGUAUGGGAGACUGGAGGUGGUGAAGAUGCUCCUAAAUGCACACCCCAACCUCUUGAGCUGCAACACUAAGAAGCACACCCCUCUGCACCUGGCAGCAAGGAAUGGCCACAAAGCUGUGGUCCAGGUGCUCCUGGACGCAGGCAUGGAUAGCAACUACCAGACGGAGAAGGGCAGUGCUUUGCAUGAGGCUGCUUUGUUUGGCAAGACUGAUGUGGUUCAAAUCCUGCUGGCUGCAGGAAUUGAUGUCAACAUCAAAGAUAACCGUGGACUGACUGCCCUAGACACUGUCCGGGAACUGCCUUCUCAAAAAAGCCAGCAGAUAGCAGCACUCAUUGAAGAUCACAUGACUGGAAAAAGAAGCGGAAAAGAGGUAGAUAAACCCCCCACACCCCAGCCACCACUCAUCUCCAAUAUGGACUCCAUAUCCCAGAAGUCUCAGGGUGAUGUGGAGAAAACAGUGACUGAACUGGUCAUCGAUUUUGACACAAAUGCUGAAGAGGAGGGUGUCUAUGAGACACUGUACAGUGCUGUCUCCUGCCAUUCGUUGGACAGCACUGCCAGUGGGCAAUCCUCGGACCGAGACUCUAUGAACAAGGAGGCCGAGGCAACAGGAGUGAAAGCUGCUGGAGUGAGGCCUAGGGAACGUCCCCCGCCUCCAGCAAAGCCACCACCUGAUGAAGAGGAGGAAGACCACAUAGAUACGAAGUAUAUUCCCUUGACAGCUUCUGAGGUCUUGUCCAUGAGACCCUGGAUCCAGGAGAGUGGAGCCGGGGAGGAGGGUGAGCAUCCUUAUGAGCUAUUGUUGACAGCAGAAACAAAGAGGCUGGUGUCAGUGGACAGAAAAACUAAAGACCACAGGAGGAGCAGCAGCAGCUGGAGCCAGGACUCUGCAGACAGGCAGGACGGGCAGGUCCCAGAGCAAUUCUCAGGUCUCCUCCACGGCUCCUCCCCAGUGUGUGAGGUGGGGCAGGACCCUUUCCAGCUGCUAUCCACCGCUGACCAGAGCCUUCCAGAAGGGUCCUCCACACAGGUUGCCUGCCACGAGGCCAGAAUGCAGCUGGAGGAGACAGGUGUACAUGCUCCUGGAGCCUCCCUGCCCAGUGUCCUGGACCAAAGUAAGGGAGUGGGCUACCCAGCAGGACUGCCGACCACCAACAGCCAAUCACACCCCGAAACUUUGACUCACACAGCAUCUCCACACCCUGGUGGUGCCGAGGAAGAAGGAGACCGGAGCGGGGCCAGAAGCCGAGCCCCUCCCACCAGCAAACCCAAAGCCGAACUCAAACUCAGCCGCAGCUUGUCCAAGUCUGACUCUGAUCUCCUGACUUGCUCACCCACGGAGGACGCUACAAUGGGGAGCCGGAGUGAGUCUUUAUCCAACUGCAGCAUCGGGAAGAAGAGGCUGGAGAAGUCUCCCUCCUUUGCCUCAGAGUGGGAUGAGAUUGAGAAAAUCAUGAGCUCUAUUGGAGAAGGGAUUGACUUUUCUCAGGAACAGCAGAAGACCUCAGGUUCACGGACGCUGGAGCAGAGCGUCGGGGAGUGGCUGGAGGCGGUGGGGCUGCAGCAGUAUGAGAGCAAGUUGCUUCUGAAUGGCUUUGACGAUGUCCACUUCCUGGGGUCUAAUGUGAUGGAAGAGCAAGACCUGCGGGAGAUUGGCAUCAGUGACUCCCAGCACCGGCGGAAGCUGCUGCAGGCUGCAAGGUCCCUACCCAAGGUGAAGGCUCUGGGCUGUGAUGGAAACAGUCCCCCAUCAGUGCCCUCCUGGCUGGAAUCUCUGGGGCUGCAGGACUACGUCCAUUCCUUUCUGUCGAGUGGCUACAGCUCUGUUGACACUGUGAAGAACCUCUGGGAACUGGAGCUUGUCAAUGUUCUAAAGGUUCACCUGCUCGGCCAUCGCAAGCGCAUCAUCGCCUCCCUCGCAGACAGACCCUACGAGGAGCCGCCUCAGAAGCCCCCACGGUUCUCCCAGCUGAGAUGCCAAGACUUACUCUCCCAGACAUCGUCCCCCCUGAGCCAGAACGAUUCCUGCGCUGGACGGUCCGCUGACCUGUUGCUACCUCCUGGGGACACGGGCAGGAGGCGGCAGGACAGUCUUCAUGACCCUGCAGCACUUUCUCGGGCGGAACGCUUCAGAAUCCAGGAAGAGCACCGCGAGGCCAAGCUGACCCUUCGGCCCCCAAGCCUGGCCGCCCCCUAUGCCCCUGUGCAGAGUUGGCAACACCAGCCAGAGAAGCUCAUCUUCGAGUCCUGUGGUUACGAAGCCAAUUACCUGGGCUCCAUGUUGAUCAAAGAUCUUCGAGGGACAGAAUCCACACAGGAUGCCUGUGCCAAGAUGCGGAAAUCCACUGAGCACAUGAAGAAGGUCCCCACCAUCAUCCUGUCCAUCACGUACAAAGGUGUCAAAUUCAUCGAUGCCUCGAGCAAGAAUGUCAUCGCGGAGCAUGAGAUCCGGAACAUUUCCUGUGCCGCCCAGGACCCAGAGGACCUCUGUACCUUUGCCUACAUCACCAAGGACCUGCAGACCAGCCACCACUAUUGCCAUGUCUUCAGCACGGUGGACGUGAAUCUGACCUACGAGAUUAUCCUGACUCUGGGGCAGGCAUUUGAGGUGGCCUAUCAGCUAGCUCUGCAGGCCCAGAAGUCCAGGCCCACCGGGGCCUCUGCAGCUGAGACGAUUGAAACAAAAUCUUCCAAACCCGUGCCUAAGCCUCGGGUGGGCAUGAGGAAGUCAGCGUUGGACCCACCCAACAUGGACUCAGAUGCCCAGUCCCAUGCCAGCGUCUCCUGGAUUGUGGACCCCAAACCAGACUCUAAGCGGAGCCUCAGCACCAACUGCUGACGCCAAGGCCCCGACCCCCUCGGGACCUGCUCUCCUGGGCAGCAGCUCUAGACACUGCAUAUUCCCAGCUUGUACCUACCACCACCGGACACUGUGAACUCCCCCCUGGGCUAGUGCAGCUUGGCGGGGUGGGGCGGGACUGCCUUUGCAGUGGGCACCAGGAAGUCUAAGGGGGCCCCGUUGCACCCAGGAAGCCUCAGCGGGCAGGCACUAUGAAUCCUGAAUCCUGAGGGGGGCGCAGUCCUUGAGCAGAGUCCAGACAGUACCAGUGACCACUCCCUCUGAGCGGGCCAGCUCUGUCCACCAUCCUCUCUUCUGCGCAGAGCCACAGCUGGGUGCCGCUGCCAAGUGCUAAUCGCUUUUCCCUACACUACCAACCACUGUGACCAUCUGGUGCCAGAAUCCCCCUGCAGUCUGUUCUCAGCUGGCCUGCAGCCCUGUCCCUUGCUCCUGUGCUCUAAGGUGCUGGCCUCCCCCUGUGAGACCCUGAACUUUCUGUGAGGGCCCAAAGCCCGUGCCAGGCCCCUGGAAUAGACCUGAUUCCAGAGCACAGGGCUCUGAGCACCUGAACACCCUUAGGCUGGCUUCCCUCAGCAGGCUUCUUGGUCCCAAUGGGUCUUCCACUCCAAGGACUGGGAUGGCAUGGAUGUGGUCGGCCCCUCACAUCUUCACCAGUGAGUCACAAGACUGGCUCUGGAGUCUAGCUCACUGAGGAGGAAGGCCUUUCUGUAGAACCCAGCAAGAGGGAGGCCUGUGCCCUGCACACAUGCAGCACCUUUUCCCCUCACAGAACAGAACUGCUCGAGGAAAGGGGCCUGGCCGAACAACGCCCCUUGUCGUCCAGGAGCUGACACUUCUCCACAGUAUGGGGGUCAGAUAGCCGUUACCCAGCCCCCCUGGUCUACCGCCCCCAGCCUCUUGACGCCUCUAAGAGGAGGCUGUGUAGUUCAUGUCCUCCAAGCAGUUCAGAAGCUGGGGUUGUGGAGUUGAGGCUUGGAAGAUGCCCACAUUCUCUGGUGUGGGCAAAUCCGCUUAGACAGCAGGAGACAGGAAAGCAGUGGUUCCAGUAGGAAGCUGGCCAGACACAGCCUCAUCCAGUGGGAAAGCCAGUAAGUUACAGCAGUUCGAGAGUUGAAGCCCAAGCGGCUAAAGCAGGGUGGGCCUCCUGUCUGCUGCCUGUCCUGUGCCUUCCCGGACAGAUGCACUGAGCCCGAGGUGGCAGCGGCCUGGGAGCACUAAGAGCAGGCCACAGGGCCCUUGGGGGACUGUGAGGGACCUUCUGUUCUACUCCCCCACUUGUCUUUCUGCUUCCUCCAUCUUGUGCAGGCCCCUUUGGUUAACCCUUUUCUUCCCCACCCCCCCCGUUGUGUUUGCUUCUGCCAAGCUGAGCCACUGAGGAACCAAACGUGCUGCGGAAACAGACGUGGGGAGCACAGGCUCCCGUCGCUGCCACCAGCGUCUCAUCCGCAGCUCUGAAGAUCCAGGCCCCACCUCUGCCUGUAGGAGCUCCUCUGGGCUGCCUGGCCUGGGCCUGCCGCCACCAGGGCUUACAGAGCAAGCCCUGCCCUGGCUGUGCUCCAGGCCUCUAGCUGAUGAAACUGAGCUCUAGAGGGUCAAGAAGUGACUUGUCCAGAACACAUUUUUAAUAGAAAAACGCAUUUUUAUAAAAUGAACUUUUAACACUUGGCUCAAACCUCUAGGUUAAACUGGCAAUCUUUAGACAAACGGCCAUAGGGUCAGAGCACAGGGAUCCUGAGACUGGCCAAAAGGCCAGUCUCUCCAGCCCUCUGUCCUGAGGAUGGGGUCCUGACAUGGGCUGGUAGGUCUGAAGAAAAGGCAGUGGCCUAUGAGAACUGAAAGCAUCCACACGAGGGACAGCACUGAGUAGGUUAUUAGUCAGUCUGCUUUUCAAACCCACACAUUAGCUGCUGUUCUCAUGAACUGCACAGCUUCUUGUCCCCAUCGAGAGGUGGACACAGCCCCUGCAGUCAGCACAGCUUGAGAGACACCUGGGAAAGGCAGAGGCCUCUGGUCCAUUUCUGGAUUCCAAAUGUGAAGGCCCAGGGGCCAAGGAGAUGAGCAAGCAGCCCCUGGUGCCAUGAAGUCUGAGCCGUGCUGGAGCUCUGGUCCGCUGCUCAGUCUCUGACCUGGUGGUAGUCAGAGCCCUGCCCUGGGCUGCCUGGCCCACAAGCUCUCUGGCGACCUCAGACUGCCUGAGUCAAGUCAGGAGAAAAAGCAGCUUUGUUUUGGGCAUUAAUGGGUAGGUCCACUAAGACUGCUACCUGCCAACUUGUGAUCUGUCUAAUCAGGGCUCACUUUGAUAGGACUCACUUUGAUACUCUGAAUUAUUGGUUUGACUUGUAUUUCCAGCUGCUGGGCUCCUUCCUGGCUCCAAGUGUACAGGAGGCUAAAUAAGGCAACAGUCAAUUUGAUUUUCCCACGACAUGGCCUUCAGGGCAGGCUGGCGUCCUAGUGCACCACUGUCACUUAAAUUGCUUCACUUUUUAACUGUGUUCUCCUUCUUGGAGUACAGUAGAAACAGAGGAGUUGAUUCCUGUGAGGCCGAGAGGCAGAGCCGGAGUAGGGAGCAGAAAGGAGCCUUUCCGCCAUGGGUAAUCCCACAGCCUGCAAGCUUGGCUGGCACAGGGCAGUCUGGUCCCAGCAGCAUUAUGCCAGGCUUCAGCGAUACUUAUGUUAUAUGUAGGGGGAGUGUUCUUGGGCACAUUCACAACCCCUGUGGUUGGCCAGAAAUUGAAAGCUGGAGGCUGGGCCCUGUGGGGCUCCUCUCUGCUGAGCUGUCCAGCUGGCAUCAUAGGCCCUAGGGGUCACUUCCCCUCUGGAGUAGGGGCAAGUUACUGUCCACUCAGCAGUACUAAACAAGGGCCUUGACACCUGAAAGUUUGACUUCACUUCCUGCUUCUAGGGCCAGUGAGGCUUCUAGUCAGCUCCCACCAUGCAGUAUUCAGCCCCCAAUUUCUCAGAAUUGACCAGGCACCCUGUGCAGUGCAGCGCCGGUGCUGUCCUCCUGAGGAAGACCAGCUCUUACCCAAGUAGGCCUCUCUUGGUAGAUGGUAGAUCCAAAAAGAAAACUGGGUAGACACUACGACGAGCUCCUCACGCUGUCAUUUUGUGUUUGUAUUAAUCAUAUAUAGGUGUUUCCUCCCCUUGAAGCUGCUAUGUCUUUAUUUAUUCAGGGUGUUUUCAUAUGGGAAAGCUUUGCCUGAUCUGCCCUGGCCCUGGGUUUUGUUUUGAGAUUGGCUUAUUUCUGAGUCGUCAAGAAAGGAAGGGACUGGGGCUUUCUUUCUCUUUUGCUCCUCUUCAGGGCAGGUACUCUCCCUUCCAUACAAAGGAAUAGUGUAACUUUAAGGACAGGCUUCAAGUGGAAAAGCCCCUGCUUCUGAGCGCAGGUCAGACAAUGUGGCAAAUCCUGUCACCGUGUUCCUGAACUGGGCAGGAGCCUGAUUAGGUGGGACUUGCAAUGAGGUCAGUACCUGCCACUGGCCAUGGGCUUUCUGCUUGCCAGCUUCUCUGAGCAGCAGGACUUCCUCAUGAUGGGCUCUGCCAUUGCCCCCUGCCCCUGGGCCUGUAGCAUCAGGUUCCAGAGGUGGGGUUCCUUGAGAAGCCUCUAGUGGAGCAGGCGGCUAGCACAGUUGGAGCUGUCAGGGUGUUAGAAAGCUGACUGACCUCGGUUUUCGAGAUGCCCAGGCCUGCAGAAUGUCAGGAGAUGCAGUUCACAAAAGUGUUGCUGCUAAUGGUGUGGCAGUGGGACUGAAUUGUAAUAAAAUGUUAUUUAAUCCUCGUCUCUGUAUUUUGAUACUUGAAUGAAUUCCCUCUUAUUUUACUGUACAUACAAUUGUUAAUCUGUCUGAUUUGGUCUGAAUUACAUCUUGUGGUACCAAGUAUAACCAAUGUGUGCAACACCAUAGACUGACCUCACUACAUGAGAGAGAGUGUAAAUAUUCUUGGGCUUCCAGCUUUGGUUUUGUUACUUUCAUAACUGUGCAACUUAGAACACACUGAAUUAAUAAAUGACAAGCAACAUGAAACCA